UUUGAAACUUGGAAACAAGAUUGCAAUAAUUGAUUAUACUUUCCCAAAUUACCUCCUCUGCUUCUUCAAGCCUCUCUCUCUCUCUCUCUCUAUAAACAUUAAUUCUGUUUUUGAAAGAAAAAGGAAAAGAAAAAGCCAUUAAAGAUCUGCAGCUCAUUUUAGCUCCACGCAGAGAGAGAGAGAGGAGAGAGAGAUCUCAAUAGUUCACAAAAGCUACUCAUCAUUUUCUUCCUCGUUUGCUUUUGCUUCACUUAGUAAAAACUUUAGCUUCAUUUAUUCCUCGGACCAGUCUCCUUCCAUUCCCUCUUUAGGGUUUUGUCCCAACCGUUAACUCCAAAAAGGAACUCCAAGAUCUGCUUCACCUUUUGAUUUUUCCCUAAAGCCCUCGCCAAGUUUUAGUUUUGCAAUUUGCUCCUGCUGUUGCUUGUGUUCAGCUCAAAAGGGGGGAAAUUAGAAAAAGGUGGGGGGUUGCAAAUUUGGGGGUAUGCGCGAGUUGGGAUGAAGAAAAAAAUUGGCAUUUUUGGGGGGUUUAGGGAGGGUGGGGGGUGGGGGGUUAGGAUGAGCUUGAGUGUUUAAGCUUUUGUUUUUUCCCUUUUGAUUUUAGUGUUAGUUUUGGUGGACCUAUUUUAGUUUUUUUCUUCUUCUUCUGGAAUAUGAGGUUGUCUUCUUCUUCUUCAACGGGUUCUGGAUUUAAUGCUCAGGCGGAGGAAGGGGAGAAGAAAUGCUUGAAUUCGGAGCUCUGGCACGCGUGUGCCGGCCCACUGGUGUCGCUUCCCCAGCUCGGGAGCCGCGUCGUUUAUUUCCCUCAAGGCCACAGCGAGCAGGUUGCUGCCUCUACGAACAAGGAAGUAGACGGUGCUAUCCCUAACUAUCCCGGCUUGCAACCGCAACUAAUAUGCCAACUUCAUAAUGUCACGAUGCAUGCUGAUGUUGAAACAGAUGAAGUCUACGCUCAAAUGACUUUGCAACCACUUACCCCUCAAGAGCAGAAGGACAUAUGCCUACUACCGUCAGAACUCGGCACUCCAAGCAAACAGCCAACAAAUUAUUUCUGUAAGACAUUGACUGCUAGCGAUACCAGCACUCAUGGAGGAUUUUCUGUCCCUCGUCGAGCAGCUGAAAAAGUUUUUCCUCCUCUUGACUACUCUCAAACCCCUCCGGCUCAAGAAUUAAUCGCAAAGGAUCUUCACGGCAAUGAGUGGAAGUUCAGGCAUAUAUUUAGAGGUCAGCCGAAGAGGCAUCUCCUAACAACAGGUUGGAGCGUGUUUGUCAGUGCGAAGAGACUAGUUGCUGGAGAUUCUGUUAUUUUCAUCUGGAACGAAAACAAUCAAUUGUUCUUGGGGAUUCGGCGUGCCAAUCGACCUCAAACUGUCAUGCCUUCAUCAGUGCUGUCGAGUGAUAGCAUGCACAUUGGGCUUCUUGCUGCUGCUGCCCAUGCUGCGGCGACGAAUAGCCGGUUCACCAUUUUCUAUAAUCCAAGGGCGAGCCCAUCAGAGUUUGUGAUACCUCUGGCAAAGUAUGCCAAAGCAGUUUAUCAUACAAGAGUUUCUGUGGGUAUGCGCUUUAGGAUGCUUUUCGAAACUGAAGAAUCAAGUGUCCGCAGGUAUAUGGGUACAAUUACCGGCAUUAGUGAUUUGGAUCCGGUUCGUUGGCCGAACUCACAUUGGCGCUCAGUGAAGGUUGGGUGGGAUGAAUCGACUGCAGGGGAGAGACAACCCAGAGUCUCGUUGUGGGAGAUCGAACCCCUGACGACAUUUCCCAUGUACCCGUCUCCAUUCUCCCUCAGAUUGAAACGACCUUGGCCAUCUGGACUGCCUUCAUUUCCCGGUCUUAAAGAUGGCGAUAUGGGCAUGAAUUCUCCGAUGACAUGGCUUCGUGGGGGUGUCAGAGAUCAAGGCGUCCAGUCGCUAAAUUUUCAGGGCGUAUCCCCUUGGAUGCAGCCGAGGCUAGACGCGUCGAUGCUCUGUUUGCAACCCGAUAUUUACCAAGUGAUGGCGGCUGCUGCAAUGCAGGACGCAGGGUCGUUGGAUCCCUCGAAACUCUCCAAUCAGUCCUUCCUGCAGUUCCAGCAAAAUGUCCCGAAUGCUUCUGCUUCGUUGCUACAAAAUCAGAUGUUGCAACAGCCCCAUUCUCAACCGAGCUUUCUGCAGAACCUUCCGGAAAACAGCGUCGUUUCUCAGGCUCAGAUGUUGCAUCAACAAUUGCAGGGUCGUCAGUCUUUUAUCAAUCAGCAGCAGCAGCAGCAGCUACUGAAUCAACAGCUGAAUCCACAAUUUCAAGAUCAGCAGUUGAAAAAAUCUAUUCCGACUAGCUUGCAGAUGGGAUUGGCUUCCGAGUCUCAGUUCACACCUGUGCAAGCCUUGUCAUCAACGAGCCAGCUACAGAACUUCUCGGACCUCAUCGGGAACCACAUGGCUUCAUCUAAUAACUCUUCCAUGCAAAGCAUUCUAAGUUCGUUUUCCCGUGAAGGAGCGUCCCCCCACGCGAACAUGAAUGGGUCUCAUCCGCUAGUCUCUCAUUCCUCGUCAAAACGAGUAGCCUUAGACCCACAGCUUCCUUCCAAGGUUUCUCAGUUCGGAGUGCCCCAUCCGGAAGAGCUGGUGACGCCUAAUUCUAAAGUCUCAGACCUUUCAGCUCUGCUGCCGCCCUUCCAUGGUAAAGAAUUUUCAGAUUUCCAAGGUGUGGCGCAUUCUCACGACAAUUUGCUGUUCGGAGUUGGUACGGACUCAUCGGCUAAUAUGCUGACUGGUAUGUCGAACCUUAGAAACAGUGGCAACGAGAACGAAUCGUUGUCAAUGCCAUAUGCAACCCCCACAUUUCCAAGUGGUGCAGGCACCGAAUUUCCUCUCAACUCGGACAUGACUACCUCCAGUUGUGUAGAUGAGUCGGGUUACAUGCAGUCCUCAGAAAACGUGGACCAAACAAACCCGACAUCGAGAGCCUUUGUAAAGGUUCACAAGUCGGGGUCUUUUGGACGGUCUCUCGAUAUCUCCAAAUUCAGCAGUUAUCCGGAGCUGCGGAGCGAGCUUGCUCGCAUGUUUGGACUCGAGGGAUUGUUGGAAGAUCCUCAGAGAUCAGGCUGGCAGCUUGUAUUCGUUGACAGAGAGAAUGAUAUUCUUCUCCUCGGCGAUGAUCCUUGGCAGGAAUUCGUGAACAACGUGUGGUACAUCAAGAUUCUGUCGCCUCUCGAAGUGCAGCACAUGGGCAAAGAGGGCCUCGAUCUCCCAAAUUCCACCCAAAAUCAUCGGCUCUCCACCAGCAGCAAUAGCUGCGAUGACUAUAUGAGUCGGAAGGACUCUAGAAGUAACCUAAACGGCAUACCAGCCGUAGGAUCUCUCGAAUACUGAUGGACGUGAUGCAACGUCUCCGUCGGCCUCUCGAUUUCGUUCUCCCGCCUCCCCGUAUGUAAUCUUGCUGUAUGUAUAUUGUAUGAUGAAUCCUUGUCUUGUUAGGGCUAUACUCUUAAACGAAUUUUAAGAACAUUAAUUGCAAUUUGUAACGAGAAAAAAAAAUGCAGACUUUUAUUGCUAUAAAGAUGUCUUUGAAUUUUAA